AUGGACCCUCAAAAGGCGCCGAUUCCACCUCUUUCUGAGCAGGCUCCGAAUGGCCAUGUUCCUCCUAUAAUUCACACCAAGACUAGCUUAGAGGUGAUUACUCUACAGUCAAAAUUGGGCACUGAGAAAGAUACGGUCAGAGGAGAACCUAGUGGCACGACUGGUGGGACUCUCUCAAAAUUUCCAAGAAGUGUUUCUGCUACCUCACGCUCUUCUCAGCCUGAGCUGCAAGCUGACUCCUCUGAUGUUGAUUCUUCGGAUUCUGAACUGGAGGAGGGUGAGUUUAGCAAACAUGAGCCCGACUUCGAAGUGGUCCGCAACAGGAAAAGAUUCUCAGUCGAGGUUACUUGGCCGUCGGUUCAAUCCAAGAUCAUCAUCUCCAUCAUCUAUGCUUCUAACGAUCCUGAUGUGCGCACGACCCUGUGGAAUGAGAUUGAGGAGCUAGGUCCUGCUCUUGGUAUAAAAUCGAAACCCUGGAUUAUCUUAGGUGACUUCAACCAGAUAAGAGAUCCUUCAGAGCACUCUAAACCGGCGUCUCUGAAUUUGGACAUGAAAAUGCGGGACUUCAAUCAAUGCUUGCAGUCUGCUGGUGUGGAUGACCUUAACUUCAGAGGCAAUUCUUUCACAUGGUGGAACAAGCAAAAGCUUAACCCGAUCGCUAAGAAACUGGACCGAGCUUUGGUGAACGAUGAGUGGUACUUCGAGCUCCCCUCCUCGGUUGCUUACUUUGGUAGCCCAGAGUUCUCGGACCAUGCAGUUGUCUCGAUCUUACUGGACCCUUCCACCGCAAAGGCUAAGAAGCCGUUCAGGGUAUCGCGUAAGCUGAAGCUAUUAAAGAAAUUCAUCAAGGAGUUCAGUAAACAGAACUACUCGGGCAUUGAAAAAAGAACAGCGCAUGCUCUUGAUUGCUUGGUGACCGCUCAGAACUUGACGCUGGCGAACCCUUCCACCCAUAAUGCUGAGGUGGAGAUAAGAGCAAUGAAGGAAUGGGAAGAGCUAUCCACCGCUGAGUCCUCGUUCUUCUUUCAGAGAUCAAGGAUCACCUGGUUAGCUUUUGGGGAUGGAAAUUCGCGUCUGUUCCAUAGAUAUGCGGCGUCUAGGCAAGCGAUCAACCAUAUUCACUUCCUAGUAGCUUCUCCAAGCAUGUUUGAGCAAAGUGACCUCGAUCUGCUUUUUGAUUUUAAGUGUUCUGCGGAGCAAGCUUCUAAUUUUGAGAAGGAAUUCUCAUCUCAGGACAUCAAGGACGCUUUCUUCUCCUUACCUAGAAACAAAACAGGGGGGCCCGACGGUUACUCUUCUGAGUUCUUCACCGCCUCCUGGUCUGUGGUUGGUUCGGAGAUAACGGAGGCCAUUAAGGAAUUCUUCCGGUCUGGCUCCAUCCUCAAGCAGUGGAACGCAGCAAACCUCGUUCUGAUCCCAAAAAUUCCAAAUGCGUCGCAUCCUUCUGAGUUUCGGCCUAUCUCAUGUCUCAAUACGGUCUACAAGGUGAUCGCUAAGCUACUGGCGUCUAGAUUACAGGAGAUUCUCCCACUCAUGAUCUCCAAGGCCCAAUCUGCUUUCCUCCCGGGGCGUUUACUAGCUGAAAAUGUACUCCUUGCAACUUAUCUGGUAAAUGGCUAUAACAAUCAGAACUUAAUCUCCAGAGGAAUGCUGAAGGUUGAUCUCAGGAAGGCCUUCGAUUCAGUUAGAUGGGACUUCAUGUUGGCAUCGCUUAAAGCCCUUGAAAUCCCUCAAAGCUAUAUCAAUCUCAUCUCUCAAUGCCUUACUACUGCGUCCUUCUCGGUUUCGGUUAACGGCUCCACAGGUGGUUUCUUCCAGAGUUCUAGAGGAAUUACACAAGGAGACCCGCUGUCUCCCUAUCUCUUUGUGUUAGCCAUGGAGUGUUUCUCGAGGUUACUUCUCUCAAGGUACGAAGCGGGUAGCAUCGGCUAUCACCCAAGAACAGAGAACCUGAAGAUAUCCCACUUGAUGUUCGCGGACGACGUCAUGGUCUUCUUUGAUGGUAGCAGUAACAGCCUCCAUGAAAUUUCUGAAUGUCUUGAUGAUUUCGCCUCCUGGUCCGGGCUGCAUAUGAACACAACGAAAACUGAGCUCUUCACUGCGGGACUUGACCAUUCUGAAUCCCAAGCUAUUUCUAGCUAUGCAUUCCCCAUUGGUAAAUUCCCCAUUAGAUAUCUUGGUAUACCUCUUAUGAGCCGCAAGUUAAAAAUUUCCGAAUACGCUCCUCUUAUGAACAAGAUCACUAAAAGCUUCCAAGCAUGGUCUGUUAAGCUCCUGUCCUUUGCGGGGCGGCUUCAGCUACUCAGAACAGUGAUUUUCGGUCUCAUCAACUUCUGGGUCUCGGCCUUCAUGUUGCCUAAGGGAUACAUUGCGGCUGUAGAAACGCUCUGUGCUCGGUUCUUAUGGUCGGGAAACAUUGACAAGAAAGGUAUUGCUAAGAUUGCUUGGACCACGGUGUGUUUACCAAAGCAAGAAGGCGGGUUGGGUAUAAGAAGCAUCUACAUCUGGAAUCAAGUCCUUGGCCUGCGAUUCAUUUGGUUACUGCUGUCUAACUCUCCCUCUCUUUGGUCUGAUUGGCACAAGAGUGUCCAUCUCACUGAUAAAUCCCUUUGGACUAUAGAGCCAUCACCAACAUAUUCUUGGGCUUGGAAAAGAAUUCUGAAGCUAAGGCCGCUGGCGCUUCAGUUCUGCAAUACGGUGGUGGGAAAUGGCGUUAACACGAGCUUUUGGUAUGAUGUGUGGACACCAUUUGACCAGCUAAUCAAUCACUUAGGUGCUGCUGGUCCAAGAGCGCUUCGGAUAAGAAAGGAGACGAGGGUAGCGGAAGCAAUCAAUGGGUCUACCUGGUCACUACCUCACCCAAGAUCUGAUCAGGAAGUGGAACUUCACUCUUAUCUAACAACUCUAGCUCUUCCACUGCCUAUUGAUAUUGAUGAUGUUUAUGAAUGGAAAGCUGCUGAUUUUCCUUUGAAUGUGUUUAACUCUCAGGCCACUUGGGAAGUCUUGCGGCCAAGACAAGCAGCUCAGGAUUGGUAUGACAUUGUGUGGUUCAAAGGAGCACUUCCGAAACAUGCGUUCACAAUGUGGGUGACUAAUUACGACAGAUUGCCAACAAGAGCGAGACUGGCCUCAUGGGGGCUUGCCAUUCCUGUUGUCUGCCCCUUCUGUCAUGCAGCGCCUGAAACCAGGGACCAUCUAUUCCUUUCUUGUCAGUACAGCUUCGACGUAUGGUCCUUCAUCUUUACCAGAUGUAGUGGACCGCACGGCAGACUUGCGGACUGGAAUGAGCUAUUAUCUUGGAUCCGAGCUUCCUGUUCUAAGAGAAGCCUCCUGCUUCGAAAUCUGGCUUCUCAAGCGGUUGUGUUCCACAUAUGGAAGCAGAGGAAUAACUUAGUUCAUAACAAUAUCCAACUACCUGCUGCAAAUGUUUUCAGAGAAAUUGACAAGGAGAUGAAGAACAUCAUCUCAUCUAGAAGGUCGAAAAAGCUCUUUAGUUCACUUAUGGUUCUUUGGAUUCGAUAG